ACAUGAAAUGAGGAGAAUGGGACAAGAAUCAGAUUACAAAACCCAGUUGGUAUUAGAUAUAUGCUCCAUUUCCACCCGUUCAGUUCAUUGUGUUCAUACACUUUUUUCUAAUGCACCUUUCAUUGAUUGGUAUUGCAUUCUUGGAGUGGAAGAAAAUGCAGGGGAAAGUACCAUUCGUAAAAAAUAUCAUAAACUUGCCUUGCAACUUCAUCCAGAUAAGAAUAAACACCCCAAAGCUGAAAUUGCAUUCAAGCUUGUCUCUGAGGCAUAUACAUGUCUAUCUGAUGCUGUAAAAAGAAAAGCUUUUAAUUUAGAAAGAAACAAAAGCUUCUGCAUUGAAUGCAACAGAAUUUCAUAUACAUCAAACAUUGUCACUACCAAUUCAAAUGGUUCAAGUUUCAAGGCAUGGAACAUUAUAAGCAAAUCAAUAUCUAGUAAAGUUAGAAGAAACAUUAAGGAUAUGAGAGAAAAAUUGAAGGAAGAAGCUAAGGUGAUUGAGAAUUGUUUGAGGAAAAAUUCAGUGUCAAAGAAGGAAUCUCCAAUUUACAAUCCAUCAAAGAAUCAUUUACAUGGAGGAAGGUGUCAACAUAGAGUUGAGAGAGAAAUUCCUGUUUUCAAUCCAUCAAAUUACAAAUACCAAAGUUACCCUCAUUCUAGGGACAAUGUUUACAAGAAUUCUAAGACGUGUUGGUAUUUGCAGACAGAAAAAAUAGUGCAGAAUGGUAACAAGGGAGGAGCUAAGUAUGCAUCUCCUGUUUUUGAGGUCAAGUCAAGUAGUGUAGACACAAGAAAAUUUGCUUGUGUUCCAUCAAAGUGUUAGGUUAAACAUUUUUUUAGAUUCAAUUGAUGAUGCAAUUUGAUUGACAUAUUCUUGCUACUUGUAAGGAUUACUUGCAUUAUGCUAUGAUAGUUGUCAUUACUCUCA